GUGCUUUAAAAUCCAACUCUUUGAGAAAAUUUCAAGUAAUCGAAAUCCUACAAUGUUGCCUGUUCAAUUGUGUGUCGCUGCUUUGCUUGUUGUAUGCAUUACUCACUGGAUAUAUAGAUGGAGAAAUCCCAAGUGUAAUGGAAUCCUCCCUCCAGGUUCAAUGGGGCUCCCUCUCGUUGGUGAGUCCCUUCAGUUACUCGUCCCCAGUAACUCGUUCGAUCUUCCACCUUUUCUCAAAACCAGACUCCAUCGAUAUGGGCCAAUUUUCAGAACCAGUGUGGCAGGCAGGGCUGUGGUUGUAUCAGCCGACCCUGAAUUCAACCAUUUCAUUUUUCAACAACAGGGCAGAUUGGUGGAAUCAUGGUACUUGGACUUGUUCGCAAAGCUCUUCAAACAAGCCGAAAACAGAGCAGAUGGAGCCUAUGUUCACAAGUAUGUUCGAAACUUGAUUCUGAGUCACUUUGGUGUGGAAAGCCUCAAAGAGACACUGCUUUCUCCGUUGGAAGCAACGGUUCGUGAGACCAUUAGUACUUGGUCCAACCAGGAAUCCGUUGAAGUAAAAGACGCUGUUUCAGCUAUGGCUUUUGACUUUGCCACAAGGGAGAUAUACAGUUCGGAUGCUGAAAAUUUUUCACAGAACUUAAGAGAGAAGUUCACUUGCUUAUCACGUGGCCUCUUGUCCUUUCCCUUGAACAUCCCUGGUACAACUUACAACAAAUGUUUGAAGAACCGUAAGGCGGCUUUAGAUUUGCUGUCCAUGCUGGUAAAGAAAAGGCGUGCUUCACCUGAUCAGAUGCACAAAAAAGUGGAUGUACUAGAUCAUGUUCUACAAGACAUGACAUCCGAAAAGUUUUUGACCGAAGAUUUCAUUGUUCAACUAAUGUUCGGGCUUUCAUUUGUUUCAUUUGAGACAGUUUCAGGGGCAGCAACAAUGCUUAUAAAUUUGCUUGGAAAUAACCCUCUGGUGUUGGAAGAAUUAACUGCGGAGCAUGAGGGAAUAUUAAAGAAAAGAGAGAACCCAAAUUCCUCAAUAACAUGGGAAGAAUACAAGUCAAUGACGUUUACCCUCCAUGUUAUCAAUGAGACACUCAGGCUAGGAAGCGUAUCACCAGGAUUGCUAAGAAGAGCGCGGAAAGAUAUUGAAUUCAAUGGUUAUACAAUUCCAAAAGGAUGGGCGAUUAUGCUUUUGUCUUCCGCAGUUCAGAUGAAUCCUGAGAUUUACAAGGAUCCGCUUUCAUUCAAUCCAUGGCGUUGGAAGGACCUUGAACCAAGUGUUAUUUCCAAGAAUUAUAUGCCAUUUGGUUCAGGAAUUAAGCAAUGUGCAGGGUCGGAGUACACCAAACUCUUCUUGGCCACCUUCAUUCACGUCUUAGUCACCAAACAUAGGUGGAUAAAGAUAAGAGGAGGAAACGUUACUCGAAAUCCUAUGUUGCAACUUAAAAAUGGUCUCUGCAUUAAGAUCUUGGGGAAGAAUGAUUAAGGGAUUGGCAUCAAUACUGAAAAUUUUUCACAUAUGAUGAAAUUUACUAUUAUAAAGUUUGAGAUUGCAUGGCCAUUAUUAUGUCAUCAAGCAGUGUUUAUGUGAAUAGUAUAUUGUUGAAUGUGAAGACUGAGCAGGAAAAGGAAAAGAUCAUAAAGAAGCAAAAGACAGAAAAUUUAGCUAAAUUUAGAUUUAGUUGUAAUUUGAUAUUUUAGUUAUUGCCAAUUGCACUUCUAAUUUCUUUGUUGGUCCACUUUUUCACUUGUUCAAGUCAAAGUUAAACACAAGUAAGAAAGAAAGACAUGAACAGGUACGCUUU